AUGUCAAAAGCCAAAGCUCGUGGAGCGAAGAGGACUGGGGCGGGUCGUGCUAGGAGGGAGGAUGGGCUAGGCGAAGACAACCUUGACAAUCCCGCGGUCGCGGGAGAGAAGGUUGUUGGCGAGCGGGCGAAGGUUGUCGGCAACAAGCAAGCGUCUCCAGGGGUAGGCAUUGGAGACAUACCCGCGGAGGCACCCCCAUCCUUCGAUACAGCGGCGUUGGCACAGGAGUAUGCCGUUGGAGGUUCAUCAUCUACAGGAGCCGCUGGUGACCGACCCACGGAGCUAUUCCCAAUCUUCGACACGGCGGUGCUAGGGGAGGAGUACGAAGUUGGGAGUAGCCCGCCCAAGCCCCCAGAGGCCACUGAAGUGCCAGCUGCGAGUACCUCGGAGUACAAUACAGCUGACCUGGCGGCCGAUUACCACGUAGGCGAAUCACAACCGAAGUCCCAAACCGACCCCUCCGCGGCUACUUUGGGACAGACACCUGACGAAAUGAACGAAGAAACUAAAAAGCUUGCUAUGGAAUACUUUGACCUCGAUUCAGAUACCGCAGCAUUUCCAUUGACGACCGAGCCCUCCGCACACGAUCAGAGUACUAAGGAAUUGGCCAUGGACUACUUUGUGGAACCUUCUGUGGCUAGCAGUGAUGGUGAUAAGGAUGGAGGAGGUAAUAGUGAUGUCACUCUUGUUGGCAUCCGUACUAGAUGUCGGGAGUCCCUGUUGGACUGCUAUUUGCAGGAGAGAUUGGCAGUGCAGGGUCUGUUAGACUGUCGCCGGCGUAUCACAGAUUACAUAGCCUUGCUGACCAAAGAAUUGGAGUGUAUGGAGGAGGGUGUGCAUGAGUAG